AUGACCCAGAUCACCUUCUCGCCUGGCGAACUCUUCUCCAUGACGAUGAUCUCGCUGGGCCUGGCAGUCUUCUUCGCUGCACUUACUUUCAUCAUCGCAGUCAGCAGUCGUCGGGGCGCACUUGCAGCGGUUGACAAAUCCGUUAUCCAGAAGGGCCUCAGUCGACUCUGGCGUCGCAUUUCCAUCGUGAUUAGAAUCCGACAAAAGGCCGAAUAUGAGCACAUGGAGGAGCAACGUCUUAAGCUGAUCAACCAGGUCAUCCAGUUGAGCCAGGAGGCAAACGAGAAGGCGAAAGCGGUUAGGCAACAGGAGUUGCAGGCGUGGGAGCAGCUGCAGGCAGAAAAGGUAGCACGUAGUGAACCGACUAGUAGAUUGGCUGAACCGCCAGAGUCUUCGCUGUUCAGGCUGGGACCACUUGAAUCGGACCCUAUACGCCUACCGCCCUACAGGGGUCCUAAAGAUCUCAAAGCCUGGUUAUUCCCACCCCGGAGAGAGAUCCCUAGCUUCUUUUUUUUCCGUGACGCCGAGGUUAAGGACAAGCCGGAGGAUAAAAAUGAAGGUUAG